AUGACUUGCGUUAUUUUAGGUGAUGUAUCGAAUGCUGUGCAAAAUCUAUAUUGCGAACUUGGGUUGAACAAUGAUAAUUUGUGUCCUGUCGACGGUGGGUGGACUUCUUGGAAUCUGUGGGGAUCCUGUUCUGGAAAAUGUGGAUUUAAAGGCAAAAGGACCAGAUACCGUACUUGUAAUAAUCCGCUACCUUCUAAAAAUGGUGGUCCCUGCAUCGGUCCAAGUUAUCAAAUCGAGAGCUGUGAAAUUACUGGAUGUACGAUGAACGAUUAUGAAUAUGCCGUUCGUAAUCAUUCCAUACGGAAAGGAGAAAUGAAAAUUGUAAAGGAGAUUCAUAAACGGUUACCUGCUCUGAUCGAACUGUGUUUCUCUAUUGAUUGUACAUUCUUCCUUGUAAAGAAAAUUCUUGGAAGUAACGCGAUGCAUUAUUGGAAUGCUAUGAACUGCGUCAAAUACGAUGUCGGAUGUCCAAGACACGGAGGCUGGAAUAGCUGGGGAGCUUGGUCAUCGUGCAGUGCCAAUUGCGGUAGAGGUCAAAAGUAUCGUACGCGAAUCUGUGACAGUCCUAUACCAUCGCGUACUGAGUUAACGUGUGUCGGUCCAGCUUUCGAAUUGAAAAGCUGCAUAGGAUUCGAUUGCAAGAAACACUCGAUGGGAACAUGGACUAAUUGGAGUAAAUGGAGCAUGUGCAACGUACAAUGCGGUAAUGGUAUUCAAAUACGAAAACGUUCGUGUUCAGGAAUACAGAAAACACAGGACACCUCGUGCGAAGGUUCAACUAGAGAUAUAAAAGGUUGCAGUAUUAAGAAUUGUUCCGUAAACGGUAUGUGGUCCUCGUGGACAGUUUGGACAUUUUGUUCUUCGAGUUGUGGUAUAGGUACGCAAUUCAGAAACAGAAUGUGUAGCAAUCCUUCGCCAAGCGGCAAUGGCAUAUCCUGUUUUGGCUCUGCUUCUGAAAUUCGUCAGUGUUUUAAUAAACCAUGUAUAGUGAAAUCGCACGAAGUAGCACAUUUCACAGAAAGAAGUAGUCUUCUUUAUACUAUAAACGGAAAAUCUUCACGGUUGCUUCAUAUGUAUUUGAGAUUUUUACCAUUGGCACCAUUUGGAGUGCUCGUUUAUCGAACUGAAAAUAAUUGUAAAGGAUCAAUGUGCGAUUUUGUGAAACUGUCUUUACAGAAUGGAAAAAUAGUGCUACUAUCUGAAAUUUCUGGCUGUACAUUGGGUUUAGUUUACGAAGACAAACUAGAAAUUGGAAAGUGGCAUAUGAUAUUAGCUGCAAUAUAUGGAACGCGUGGUGUUUUAAGCGUUAACGAUGGUCUUCAUAAAAUUUCUACAUUUUCGUGUAUUCCGACAUUAUAUAAUUUAGAUCAUACAAUGAAAGUAGGAGAAGGAUUCCGAGGUCAAAUUCAAGAAAUAGCCAUUAAUUUCGCGCCGAUUCAACUCCGUGUGCCCAAAGAGGAAUACAAUCAAAAGCACGCAAGCGUUCCUUCCGUUAGUAAUAACGUACAAUAUUCAAUGGGAGAUGACGAAGAAGGUUUCAUUUAUGUUAGUUUAACAGAAUCAAUUGCUGCACCGUGUCCAAAGAAUAUGGAAUUUUGGCAAAUCACAUUUGCAAUAAAAGCAGAAAAUACAAAUGGUAUUGUAGCAAUUAUACCAGACGAUACCUUGAACAAGUAUAUCUUACUACUGUUAGAAGAAGGAAAAGUAAAACUUAAAUUUCAUCAGGGAGCAAUUCAUGUCUCAGCUGAGAGUACAGAACAUAUUUUGAUAGGAGAGUGGUUCGAGGUAGUGGUGGUUCAAGAUGGUAGAAAUCUAUACAUGCAAAUUAACGGAAAUGAAAAAAUAUAUAUACCGUCGAUUUCGGAAAAAAUGAUUACAACUGCGAGUAACAUAAUCAUAGGUGCUAUACGUGACGAGAUUAGGGAAAAAACAUGUCCUAAAUGUAUAGAAAUACCACAAAUGAGUUUUAUUCUUGGAUACCUUAAUGUAGAUGGGUAUGAUGUAGAUCUUCUAUCAUUACCAGUUUUAGACACGUCGAGUAAACGUUUUGCGAGCCGCACUAUUAGUAUAUCUGACUAUUAUGAAGAAAUGUCGUUACUAUUAGGACAACAGCUCAAGAUAUCGUGCUUCUACGAUACAAUUCCUCGUGAAAAGGAAAUGCAUACAUUUCCUAAAAAAACAUAUACUACAUGGUUAUUAAUGGAUAAAUUAUUGCUAUUUUAUGGAAAGAAGUAAACU